AGAGGUGUGGUGGACUCCGAGGACCUCCCUCUCAAUAUUUCCCGUGAGAUGUUGCAGCAAAGCAAGAUUUUGAAAGUUAUCAGGAAGAAUUUGGUCAAAAAGUGCUUGGAACUCUUCACUGAACUGGCGGAAGAUAAAGAGAACUACAAGAAGUUUUAUGAACAGUUCUCUAAAAACAUAAAGCUUGGAAUACAUGAGGACUCCCAGAACCGGAAAAAGCUUUCUGAGCUGUUGCGAUACUACACGUCAGCCUCGGGUGAUGAGAUGGUUUCCCUCAAGGACUAUUGCACCAGAAUGAAGGAAAACCAAAAACACAUCUACUACAUCACUGGUGAAACCAAGGACCAGGUUGCUAACUCGGCCUUUGUGGAGCGUCUUCGGAAGCACGGAUUGGAAGUGAUCUACAUGAUUGAGCCCAUCGAUGAGUAUUGUGUCCAACAGCUAAAGGAAUUUGAGGGGAAGACUUUAGUGUCAGUCACCAAAGAGGGCUUGGAACUUCCAGAGG